AUGGUUGGAGCCCUAGCUCGAGCCUGUCUUGGUGUAGAACUCGAGCCACAAUUUGACGAGCCAUACCUAGCCAGCUCGUUGCAAGACUUCUGGGGUAAAAGAUGGAACCUAAUGGUCACUAGCAUCCUGCAUCCAACUGUGUACAAUCCAAUCCGCUCGGUUUCUAGACGAUGGAUCGCAAAAAAGUGGGCUUCAUUACCAGCAGUGAUCGGUACAUUUUUGGUCUCUGGCCUCAUGCACGAGCUGAUCUUUUAUGACAUUGGACGCCAAAAGCCGAAGUGGGAGGUCACAUGCUUCUUUCUCUUGCAUGGUUUUUGCUUGGCAAUUGAAAUUGGCAUCAAGAGAGAGAUAAAGUGUACAUGGAGAUUGCCUAAGGUGGUGACGGCACCGCUUGUGGUGGGGUCUGUGGUGGUAAGUGCCAUGUGGUUGUUCAUGCCAACCGUGGUACGUUGCAAGAUUGAUGUUGAGGCUAGGAAGGAAGUCUUUGCUUUCUUUAAUUUUAUGAAAGGUGCAUAUAUCUACUUGAGAGAUAUUUUUAUAGAUCAUAAUGAUCAUAAAUUUUAG